UGAAGGCGGGCGGUCGUGUUCCUCAGGGUUUCACGUCGGUUUUUUUUACGAUAUGUGAUGUGUAGUGAGUGGCAAAGGCACUGGUUUCUGAAGGGUGUUAUGUGUUAAAUUUCUUUUGGUUUUUUUGUAUAGCGUUUGCAUUAAGGUAUUCGGGUGAUUGCAGCGAAUAUUAAAAGCCGGGAAUCGUCCACUGCUGGACAUAGACCUCCUCCAUUGAGCGCUACAGGGACCAGUUCUGGGCCGCCCUCGUCCAUCGGACUCUGGCGACAUCAUCAUCAAGUCAUCGGUCCAUCUCGUGGACGGCCUGCCUACUGCGGUUUCCGUUUCAGAUCCUCCGUCAAACCAGUUGAUGAAAGUUUGUUUUACGACGACCUAUAUCUCCGUAAUGUGAAGGAAAAUCCAGUUUCGUGCCGAUAUUUAUGUAGUUUCAGAUUCCAUGAACAUGCCCAAAAUCACAAGGUAACGUAACACAAUGGCCGACGAUUACCCGGGCGAGUACAACGCGUCGAACCUGUCCCCCGACGAUGACGCGCCGCGCGUGAACUGCACCUAUUGCGACAACACUACCUACCCGUCCUACUCCAACUUUACCUCCGACGACUACUGCAGUUCGAAUCAUUCGCACAUCUAUCUCAACAUCACGUGUGAAUUUCCGAUUAAUUAUGCCGAGCCUAUGUAUGGCUACAUCGCUCCCUUCCUUCUGGCGACAACGAUCAUCGCGAACACCCUCAUCGUGGUGGUCCUCUCGCGUCGGCACAUGCGCACUCCCACCAACGUGGUCCUCAUGGCGAUGGCCCUCUGCGACAUGUUCACGAUGCUGUUCCCUGCACCCUGGCUGUUCUACAUGUACACCUUCGGCAACCACUACAAGCCAUUGAGCCCGGCGAGGGCGUGUCAGGCGUGGAAUUAUAUGAAUGAGAUAAUACCAGCUAUGUUCCACACGGCAAGCAUAUGGCUGACACUGGCGCUGGCCGUCCAGAGAUACAUAUACGUGUGCCACGCGCCGGUCGCUAGGACUUGGUGCACGAUGCCGCGUGUGAUGAAAUGCCUCAUCUACAUCGGAGUAGCUGCCUUCCUGCAUCAGCUGCCGAGGUUCUUCGAGAGGCGUUACGUGCCCCAUGUCACGGUCUGGCAUGGCCACUUAGAGGAAGUGUGCCGGAUCAAAAUGGCUCCAUGGGUGGAAGCGUUGUCGUUAGAUGCUUACUUCAUCACGUACUACGGGUUCAGGGUACUGUUCGUGCAUCUCAUCCCGUGCACGUCCCUGGUGGUCCUGAAUGUGCUCCUGUUCAGAGCCAUGCGCACUGCCCAAAUUAACAGGCAGAAACUGUUCAAAGAGAAUCGAAAAUCCGAAUGUAAAAGACUACGUGACUCAAAUUGUACCACGCUUAUGUUAAUUGUAGUCGUGACUGUUUUUUUAAUGGUGGAAAUACCGGUAGCAGUAGUCACUAUACUACACAUAAUCUCAAGUACUAUAGUUGAAAUUUUAGACUAUCAUAUUGCUAAUAUAUUGAUAUUGAUAACAAAUUUCUUUAUUAUUGUAUCUUAUCCGAUUAAUUUUGCUAUUUAUUGCGGCAUGUCGAGGCAAUUCCGAGAGACGUUCAAGGAAUUGUUCAUUAGGGGAGCUGUUACUAGUAGGAAAAAUGGCGGGUCCAGUCGCUAUUCUUUAGUAAACGGGCCUAGAACAUGCACAAACGAAACUGUACUUUAGAUUAUGUAAAUACAUACGAUAGCUUAAGAAUUUUGGAAUAUUUAUUGUCUUAGUGACAUAUCAACGGUCUAAAUGUCAUUUUAUUUCGACGCCAUCUUGUUGAGUGUUGUCAGCACAAUAUUUUAAAAGCAUCGAUACAUUUAGAUAUUUUAAGCGACUAUAAAUAUUUGUAAUAGUUUGCGUGUUUUUAUAUUUUUGCUAUGUUUAGUGGUACUUCUUGGAGGCAGUGUUGUCACCAGAUCGUGAGUUAGUUGUAAUAAUUAAUUGUGUAAUGAUAUGCUGGCAACACCGCCAGAGAAUGGACGAGCCCCCAUUCACGAGAAGUACUUUAUAAAUUUGUAAAUAUCUAAAUGUUAGAUAUAGUUUCAUUUAUUGAAUGUUUGUAAAAAUUUAUGUAAGUAGAAAAGUGUAAAAAAAUAAAUAUAUACUAAUACGUUAAGAAAUGUUUAUUGCUUGUUUCUGUUUACGUAGAUAUAGAUCACGGUAAUUAUAUACUGAAUUUUAUAAGCAGAUUAAGAAACGUGAAAUGUUAGAGGCAUAAAUAAAAAAUGUGUAAUUAA